UUUAAAGCAAGAGCGUUUGGCAGCGAAAGUGGCAAUGUCAUACAAACCUGGAUCGUUUGUAUCAACCGAUUGCAACAUCAUCCUCAUCCCCAGAUAACGCUCGUCCGUGAGACAGGUAGGAGCAGGCCAGCGUUUGUAUUAACCCAGUGAAGCAGAACCUGCCGGCGGACAGAUCAGCACAGAGUCGGGCUGUUCUCAGGAAUCAUGAACUCUCUCACAGGUAAAGGUGUGCUGUCCCUAUGCAGGGUUUUUUCCGGUCCACCAUGUCUUCCAGCCGCUCUUGUAGGGGCAGUGAGGGUCUGUCAUGCAGGCGAGAGUUCCAAAGUCGUCUUCACUAAAAAGCGAGGCUAUGAUAUCACCAGGAACCCCCACUUGAACAAGGGCAUGGCGUUCACUCUGGAAGAGAGGUUACAGCUGGGUAUCCACGGCCUGCUUCCUCCCUGUUUCCUGUCUCAGGAUGUACAAGUGCUUCGAGUCAUGAAGAGUUACGAGACACGCAGCAGCGCUCUCGACAAAUACAUACUGCUGAUGACCCUGCAGGACAGGAAUGAAAAACUUUUUUAUCGUGUGUUGACCUCUGACAUUGAGGAAUUUAUGCCUAUCGUGUACACUCCGACUGUGGGCCUGGCCUGCCAACAGUACGGCCUGGCUUUCCGAAGACCGAGAGGGCUGUUUAUCACAAUCCAUGACAAGGGUCAUAUUGCCAGCAUGUUAAACUCAUGGCCGGAGGAGAACAUUAAGGCCAUAGUGGUGACGGACGGAGAGAGAAUCCUGGGAUUAGGAGACUUGGGAGGUUAUGGGAUGGGCAUCCCAGUGGGCAAACUGGCUCUGUAUACAGCUUGUGGAGGAGUGCCACCCCAGCAGUGCCUGCCUGUACUGCUAGAUGUGGGCACUGAUAAUCAGACCCUCUUGGAUGAUCCCUUGUACAUUGGUUUGAAGCACAAAAGAGUGAGGGGCAAAGAAUAUGAUGACCUCAUUGAUGAGUUCAUGCAAGCCGUCACUGACAAGUACGGGAUGAAUUGUCUGAUUCAGUUUGAAGAUUUUGCCAACAGCAAUGCAUUUCGUAUUCUCAAUAAAUACCGUAACCGAUUCUGCACAUUUAAUGAUGAUAUCCAGGGCACAGCUUCAGUUGCUGUGGCUGGGAUCCUCUCUACUCUAAAAAUCACAAAGAACAAACUUUCUGACCAUAAGUUUGUAUUUCAAGGAGCAGGAGAGGCUGCCUUGGGAAUUGCUCACUUACUCAUAAUGGCCAUGGCCAAGGAGGGUAUACCACAUGCUGAGGCCGUGAAAAGAAUUUGGAUGGUGGAUUCCAAAGGCCUGAUUGUUAAGGGUAGAAGUCAUAUUAAUCACGAGAAGCAGGAAUUUGCUCAGGAUCAUCCACACAUAAUGACUCUGGAGGAAGUAGUGGAAACCGUGAAGCCCACAGCUAUCAUUGGUGUGGCUGCUAUAAGUGGUGCGUUUACUGAGAAAAUCAUCAAGAACAUGGCAGCUUACAAUGAACGGCCAAUCAUUUUUGCCCUCAGCAAUCCUACAAGCAAAGCUGAGUGCACAGCAGAGCAAUGUUAUACGCUCACUGAGGGAAGAGGAAUAUUUGCCAGUGGAAGCCCCUUUACAAAGGUGACUUUGGCAGAUGGUCGCACCUUCUACCCUGGUCAGGGAAACAACGCUUAUGUGUUUCCCGGUGUAGCAUUAGGAGUCAUCGCCUGUGGAGUGCGCCACAUCUCGGACGAAAUUUUCCUCACCACAGCAGAGGCUAUUUCUGACAUGGUUACUGAGGAACAUCUGGCUGAGGGUCGCCUGUACCCUCCUCUGAAAACCAUCAGAGAAGUGUCCUUUAAAAUAGCUGUUAAGAUUGUUGACCACGCCUACAAGCAAGGCACUGCUUCCUGGUACCCUGAACCCAAAGAUAAAGAAGCAUUUGUUUUAUCCAAAGUCUACAACUCUGACUACGACUCCUUCAACCUGGAUUCAUACAGCUGGCCAAAAGAGGCCAUGGAUGUCCAGGAUGUGUAGAUCAUUCAACGUUCAGCCUCAUAUCAGUCACAUGGCUUAUUUCUUGGGUCAUAAUCAUCCGUUUACACUGCGCCCCAGGUCUAAGAGCUGAAAGCCAACACUGUUCAUUCAUUUUUCCCAUAAUGCAUUUCCCCAGCGGGCUUUCUUUUUAUAAUAGCUCUUUUUAGCAAUUGCUUUUUAACCAGUUAUCCACUCCAGAAAUUCAGCACUCCUACUUAUCUUAUUACAGUGAAUCUUACAUGGGAGUGUCAGUUCAGCCAAAACUGAAUGUUUGCAUAAAGGGGAUUUUUCCUCAAUUAGGCAUGUAGGGUUGUUAUCCAGUUGACCACCAUGCAAAUAGAGUGCUUUUAUGAUGUUUUUUUGUAUUAAUUUUUCCCUGUUGUGUUAUGCCAAAGCUUAUCUUUGUUUUAAAUGUAUUGUCAAGCAGAAAACUGGACAUUGUUAUUUUAUUUAAUGAGAAAGGAGACGCAAGAUAUAUGUGUGUUUAAUGCCGUGUUUAGAAAUAUGCUUUGCUUUUGAGUAACGCACAAUUGGAUUUCUAUUUUCAGAUAUUCAAGCAGAUUUUGAAGGGACAUUUACUUUUAAAUAAACAAUUUUAAAAAAAGUGCUGC